GGGGAGUGUGUGUCUUAACUACACUGUGCUCGAUGCUCUGACCCAGUCAUUCAUGGUAAGUGUGUGUCUAAACUACACUGUGCUCGAUGCUCUGACCAAGUCAUUCAUGGGGAGUGUGUGUCUAAACUACACUGUGCUCGAUGCUCUGACCCAGUCAUUCAUGGGGAGUGUGUGUCUAAACUACACUGUGCUCGAUGCUCUGUUAGCAGGAAAACAAAUGCCCAUCCUCCUCCUUCUUAAAGCCAGUAUGUGUUUGGCUGCUGUCAGAUCUGUGUUUGGCUUGAAACGCCCACGGUGGAGUGUACAAAACAGAUCUGGGACCAGGAUAAAUAUUUGUAUCUAAUAUGGAACAAUUAGAUUUCCUCAAAUUCCUGGUCAAUUUAAUUGCUGUUAUUGCCAUUUCAUAUGAAACUGUGUUUGAAUGUCACAGGAGGUUGGUGGCACCAAUAAUUGGGGAGGAUGGGGCUCGUGGUAAUGGCUGGAGUGGAAUCUGUGGAAUGGUAUCAAACAACAUGGUUUCCAUGGUUUCCGUGUGUUUGAUGCCGUUCCAUUCGCUCCGUUCCAGCCAUUAUUAUGAGCCGUCCUCCCCUCAGCAGCCUCCACUGGUAAGUGUCUCAUUCUAGCGUUCUACCUUCUAAUAUUCCAGACAGGCUAAUAUCAGUCCAUUUACUGAUAAUAUGAUGUAUCCCCCUUGUAAACAGAAGAAUGGACUUCCUGUGGUGGUUUGCUUGGUAGUAGAUAUGCCCCUAUAGGUGCAAACUUUCCAAGGGUCAUGUGACUUCCAGUCUGGCAUCAAUAACCCAGUUUAUUUUUAUAUAUAUAUAUAUAUUUUUUUUUUUAUACCAGAAACCACAACAGACGCUGGCUGAUAAUUAGGCAGACACAGUGUGUGUGUGUGUGUGUGUGUGUGUGUGUGUGUGUGUGUGUGUGUGUGUGUGUGUGUGUGUGUGUGUGUGUGUGUGUGUGUGUGAGAGACAGAGAGAGAGAGAGAGGAGGAAGGAAGGAAGGAAGGAAGAGAGAGAGAGAGGUAUAGCGAGAGAGAGAGAGAGGUAUAGCGAGAGAGAGGUAUAGCGAGAGAGAGAGGUAUAGCGAGAGAGAGAGAGAGAGAGGUAUAGCGAGAGAGAGAGAGAGAGAGAAAGAGAGAGGUAUAGCGAGAGAGAGAGAGAGGUGCAUAUAUAUAUAGAGAGGUAGAGAGAGAGGUAUAUAGAGAGAGAGGUAUAUAUAUAUAGAGAGAGAGGUAGAGUGAGAGAGAGAGAGAGAGGUAUAUAUAGAGAGAGGUAGAGAGAGGGCGUGAGAAUAGAGAGAGUGAGAGAGAGAAGUUCUUUCUCAUUAAGCGACCAACCAGGUUCAGCUUAGCACACACUGUCUGAACGCACACACAGAGCGACAGCUUAGCACACUCUGUCUGAACACACACACACACACACAAAUAAAAAGCAGAAGUGGUGAGAGGCACAGGGUUUGGGGCAACGUGGUUGGCUAUGGCUCACGGCUCUGACAGCGAUGACUCCAGUUACACCAAGUCUCCUUCGCCAGCGGGCAGCAGGCGGGGCUCCUCAGACAACAUAAAGAAAGUAAUGAGAAGAGAGAAGAACCGUAUCGCUGCCCAGAAGAGCAGGAUGAGACAGACCCAGAAGGCAGACAGUCUACACCUGGAGAGUGAGAACCUGGAGAAGGAGAACGCGGCUCUGAGGAAGGAGGUGAAGAAACUCAAAGAAGAGGCCAAGUAUCUCUCCUCUGUCCUGUCUACCCAUGAGCCUCUCUGCACUGGCCUGCCCCCCCAGAUGACCCCUGACCUCAUCUACUCCCCCCAUCAUCACUCCGUCUCCCCCCACCAUCACGGGAGCAAUGUCUUCCACCACCAGCACAGCAUCGCUGUGUCGCACUUCCAGCACUGAUCACCACUAACCACCAGGGGGUGCUGAAGAGAAGCGGGAGAGGUUUACUGACCUUGGUAUAGUGGGUGAAGAGAGCCACUUGAACUAGCCUCGCUAAACCAGGUCAGUCUGGUUUCAAGAGGCUACACUUGAACAGGAUGAAGUUAAUGAAUGGUUUCUUUGUUUCAACGGGAACAAGCAGCACUCAUGAAUGAUGUCUUUGCAUCAGAUCAACAAUUUUCUGAUAUUAAAAGAUGACAAAGGCUGCGUUUACACAGGCAGCCAAAUUCUGAUCUUUUGCCCAAUUAUUGGUCAAAAUGUCUGAUUGGUCAAAAAAAGAAUAAAUGACAAAAGAUCAGAAUUGUGUAAAGGCACAUAGAUGGUAAUUUCAAAUGUAUGACUCGACCAUAGAAUCAAUACCUUGACUAUACCAAUAGUCAACAUCUACAGGACAUAAAACCAGCAUGAUUGAAUGAUUUUUUAUUGUACUAUUGACAUUUAUACAACAUUGAAAUGAUUCCGUGUUUACUUUUCAAGUAAUUUAUAUAGGCCUAUUACAACGCUUUGCCGCUAGGACUGGGAUGAUACUAGUAUCGCGAUACUUGUUAGAAGGUUUAGUACCAGGCUAUAUCACAACAUAUGUUCCAUACAGAAAGUUUAGUACCAGGCUAUAUCACAACAUAUGUUCCAUACAGCAGGUUUAAUACCAGGCUAUAUCACAACAUAAAUUCCAUACAGAAGGUUUAGUACCAGGCUAUAUCACAACAUAUAUUCCAUACAGAAGGUUUAGUACCAGGCUAUAUCACAACAUAUGUUCCAUACAGAAGGUUUAGUACCAGGCUAUAUCACAACAUAUAUUCCAUACAGCAGGUUUAGGACCAGGCUAUAUCACAACAUAUAUUCCAUACAGCAGGUUUAGUACCAGGCUAUAUCACAACAUAUAUUCCAUACAGCAGGUUUAAUACCAGGCUAUAUCACAACAUAUAUUCCAUACAGCAGGUUUAGGACCAGGCUAUAUCACAACAUAUAUUCCAUACAGCAGGUUUAGUACCAGGCUAUAUCACAACAUAUAUUCCAUACAGCAGGUUUAGUACCAGGCUAUAUCACAACAUAUAUUCCAUACAGCAGGUUUAGUACCAGGCUAUAUCACACAAUAUUUUACAUACAGCAGAUUUAGUACCAGGCUAUAUCACAACAUAUGUUCCAUACAGAAGGUUUAGUACCAGGCUAUAUCACAACAUAUAUUCCAUACAGCAGGUUUAGGACCAGGCUAUAUCACAACAUAUAUUCCAUACAGCAGGUUUAGUACCAGGCUAUAUCACAACAUAUAUUCCAUACAGCAGGUUUAGUACCAGGCUAUAUCACAACAUAUAUUCCAUACAGCAGGUUUAGGACCAGGCUAUAUCACACAAUAUUUUACAUACAGCAGAUUUUCAAAGGACCAAAGAAUCUGAUCUGGUUCGUGUUUUCCUUUUUUUGCCAUAGAAACAAAUAUCGCAAUACUGGUAUCAUCCCAGCCUUUAGUUGUUUUGUGUGUAUUUCUCAUGUUCACGACUACCACUAUUGCAUAUGACUGAUUGGAGCAUUGAAAAAUAGCUUGGAUUACUCAAUAUUGUGUACAUUAUUUUACUAUUUUCUCACAAAACAGCUGCUUUUCUAGUCUGAUUUGAAUACAUGUACAUUCUGCCUAAAGUGAAACAGUUUGAAAAUAACUUUGUUAACUCAAGAGUCUACGUUCGAAUCAUCUUGAAUUUGUUUUUUUUUAAACUAUUAUUUAAUGGUCACAAGGUGGAGUCAUGUACCUAUAAGUAAUUAAGGGUAAGCCUUGUUACGGAACAGUAUGCAUUGUAUGCUCUGAUAUAAGUGAUUAUCUUAUAGACUGGUACUGAGACAGGACAUAAUAAAGGUGAAAUAAAUAAAUCAAAUACAGGUUUAGUUUACCAUCAGUAGUAUAGUGCUUGUACUUUUUAAAUGAAUUUCUUUGAAUGUUGUAUUGAAUUUUUUUUUAAUGCUGUCUUACUGUACAUUUAAAAAUAAAGAUUGUUUUGAAAUGCAAAAU